AUGAAGAGCAGUCACCAAGAAAGACUGAUUAUCAGCAAGGAACCAAGUAGUCACCCAGUAAACGAGUUGAUUCGGAUUGGAGAGGAGUGUCUCAGAAUAAAAGAGGACUUUGACACGUUCAGCAACAGCGAGAGGGCAGUAAGAAUGGCAUUCAAGAAAAAGUGCACCAAAAUAAUCGGAUUUGACUCAGAGAGGCUGGUUCUGAGCACUCUCUGUGGAAAUCAGCUGCUUUCAAGUUACAAAUUCAGAAUUACGUCAUCAGUGAGUUACAAGGAGAUCAAUUUGGAAGAAAACAGGGAAUUGAAUGAGAAUGAAACUGGUAGAAUACUUCCACCUGAGAAGUACGCCAGGUACGCCGUACUGACACUUGGUUUGAAUCAGACUGAUGCAAAAUUCAUGUACCACUUUUGGAAUAGCAAAAUAGCCAAAAUUGAUUUGGAUGCCAUUGAGUACGCCCUGGUUGUUGAGGCAGUUGAAGACUCUUUCGUACUGAAGUACGUCAGAAUUGCUUCAGGAAGGGUGGAAGUCUGUGGACCAGUGAUUAGGAUGGAGUUAGUUGAGAAGUACCACAAUGAUGAGUUGUACAGUUCAUGCCUAGUUAAGAAGAAGACCACUAAAAACGUGACCAAGAAUGCAACUAAGGAUGUUGUAGGCAAAAUAUACCUAAAUAAGCAGGAUCUCAAGGACAUCAAACUAAGGAAGAAAUAG